CAACAGCGUCUGCCAAUUUUUUCGCUCCUCCAACGACGUUAGCAAGGUGUGAUCAUGUCCCGAUUUUUUAGACAACUAGGCGAUUCCGAUUCGGACACUGAGGAAUCCGACGAGGAACUCCUCACCAGCGGGGAUGAGGAACUCGCUCCUCCAAAACAGCCGCAGAAACCCUCCAAACCAACCGGAAUGUCGCAAUUCCUCCGCACAGCCGGAGGCGAUUCCAGCUCGGACUCAGAGUCAUCGUCUGACGAGGAUGACAGCGACGACGACGAUCUUGGAGGAGGGGGUGCAAAAUCCGAUGAGGAGGAAAGCGAAGACGAAGACGUCAAACGCACCAUUAAAAGUACCAAAGACAAGCGUCUGGAUGAAAUCGAAGCGACCGGGAAGGCGAUCGAGAAUGCUCUCAAGAUCAACGACUGGGCAGUCACUUCGGCUGAAUUCGAUAAAUUGCUUCGCCUUGUCCAACGGCAGAGCAACGUAGCAGAGCCGAUCCCCCCAUUCUUCGUCAAGGCCCUUAUCAACCUUGAGUCUUCCUUAAACACAGCCCUUGCAAAAGAAAAGGAAGCCAAGAAGAAAACGAACGCUGCGAACGCUCGAGCUCUGAACUCAAUGAAGCAAAAAAUCAAAAAAGCUCUAAAGGAAUACGAAAAGGAAAUUCACCAGUAUCAGGCAGAUCCGGAUGCUUUUGAGCGCGAAUUCACUGCACACACUCAACCGGCUGAAGCCGUGUCUAUCAAAGCGAAGAAAGUUAAGAAAGCUACGAUAGAUGACGGUGGCGAAGACGAGCUUGAGGUUGAUGAUCACUUCACUGUUGUUGGAAAAGGUGGAAAGGCCAUGCAGUUCACUGCUGAUGCCAUAUUUAAGACCCUUAAAAUCGUUAAUGAGGCCCGUGGCAAGAAGAACACGGACCGAACUGAACAAAUACGCAUUCUGGAAAAACUUCUUGAGGUUGCUGUAACAUCCUAUCAGCGCCUCCGGGUCCUUUUGGCACUUGUGUCCUCGCGCUUUGACUUUAAUUCCUCCAUCGCUAACUAUAUGCCCAUCGAAUUGUGGCUGGCUGCUCAACGCGAAGUUGACCAAUUAAUUUCCAUCGUUGCCCUGGACCCUUCCUAUGUUGUCCAAGAGCACACGGUUGAUUAUGAUGAGCUUCUGGAACGCUCCCCUGCUACUGAGCCAGAGGGUAUCGUCCGCAUAAGGGGUAGUAUCAUUAGUUUUGUCGAUCGCCUCGAUGAUGAGUUCACCAAGAGCCUGCAAAACAUCGAUCCACAUGGCACCGAAUAUGUCGACCGCCUGAAGGACGAAAAAGUUCUCUACCGGACGAUCUGUCGGGCGCAGGCUUAUUAUGAGCACUCUGAGCAAGCGGAGCCCCUUGGGAGAGUUGUUGUGCGACGGCUGGAACACAUCUACUGCAAGCCUGACGCAGUGGUCGCUGCUCUCGAAUCUUGUCUUACAUCAUCGGAUGUACAACCGAGUGUGGUGCUCACUUCGACUCCGACAACGUCCAACCUCGUUCAUCGCUUAUGCGUCCAUCUCUACAAAGCUGAUAACUCGCUGCUGCGCACGAGAGCCAUGUUGUCACAUGUCUAUCAUCACGCUUUGCACAACGACUUCUAUACUGCUCGCGAUAUGCUUCUUAUGUCACAUCUUCAGGAGUCUAUUCAUUCCGCUGACGUUGCCACUCAAAUAUUGUACAAUCGCACAGUUGUUCAGUUGGGUCUCUGUGCGUUCCGAUGUGGCUUGAUAAAAGAAGCGCAGGCAACCCUUCAGGAUAUCUUCGCAACCCAGAGGGUCAAGGAACUCCUCGCUCAGGGUGUCCACCAACAACGUUAUCAAGCGCAACUUACCCCCGAGCAAGAACGAGCUGAGCGAUCCAGGCAACUUCCCUUCCAUAUGCACAUCAACACUGAGCUGUUGGAGGCUGCAUUCCUCGUUUCCAGCAUGCUGGUGGAAAUCCCCCUACUAGCGAGCAUCGAGUCUGAAGAGCAGAAAAGGAAAAUGAUAUCAAAACCAUUCCGUCGGUUGCUGGAUUUCGCGGACCGUCAAGUUUUCACUGGACCACCGGAGAGUACUCGGGAUCAUAUUAUGCAAGCCAGCAAAGCACUUCAGGAUGGUGAAUGGGAAAAAUGUCGCGACCUUGUUCAGAACAUCAAAAUAUGGAGUUUGAUGCCUGAAGCAGCUUCUGUAAAAGAAAUGUUGGCAAGUCGGAUCCAAGAACAAGGUCUGCGUACGUACCUGUUCACAUACGCCCCGUAUUACAGCACUCUCUCGCUGUCGCUAUUGUCUCGGUCGUUUUCGCUGCCCUUGCGGACAGUCACCUCCAUUAUUUCGAAGAUGAUUUGGAACGAGGAACUAUCAGCUUCUUUGGACCAAUCCACUGAUACCGUUAUCUUCCACCGCAUCGAGCAUUCUCGUCCUCAGCAACUCGCGCAACUCAUUUCGGAAAAGAUGAGCGCUUUGGUUGAACACAACGAGAAGACAUUGGACAGCAAGUUUGGCGGUGGAGGCGGAUGGGGCGACCGUGGUGACGUUAAGGGUGAAAAACGAGGAGAGCAAACCCAAGAACGCCGAGGAAACCGGACAAGAGGUGCUCUGCGAGGAACUCGUGGCAGAGGCUCCAGGUUUGCGCAGGGUCUUGGGAACCAGAUGGCAGAACUUUCCUCGCAACGGGCACACUGAUGUUUAACUAUCUAUCGUUGGACUAUGUAUCAUGGUACCCUAUGUCAUACAAGUUAUACUGCGUACAUGUGCGCAUGUAUGUAUCUUCCAAUGCAUUCUCUGAUCCCAAUGAUUUUGCAACUUCCUG